AUGAAGCCUUACGACGCAACCACGGAUCCGGAAGACCACCUGUUCGUGUUCAUGACGCAGAUGCGCUUGCAGACAGCUGCGGACGCGGUCAGGUGCAAGACCUUCCCAAUGUUCCUGGAGGGAAGGGCCCGGCAGUGGUUCCAGGGGCUUCCCCCUAGAUCGAUCGGUUCUUUUAACCAGCUCGCACGGCAGUUCUCAGCACAGUUCGUUUCCUCACGAGCCUACUCUAAAAGUACCGCUCACCUCAUGACUAUUCAACAGAAGCCAGAGGAGUCCUUACGCGAGUAUAUGGUGCGCCUCAAUAACGAGUCCCUUCAGGUUCGUGAUCGCGACGACAAGGUGGUCAUGGCCGCCUUCAUCAAUGGGCUGCGCAAGCAGAAGCUUUACACCGAGCUCGUGAAGAGACCUCCCAAGUCAGUUCGGGAAAUGCUAGAUCGAGCCCAUGAGAAGGCCAAUGCGGAGGAAGCCAACCGCCUUAAGACUUAUUGCGUGCUGAGGGAUGACAAGCGCAGGAGGGGUGCCGACCAGGGGGAUACCCGACCUGGCCUGGGAAGGAAGAGCGCUUAUGACUGCCUUCCCCGGAGCCGCCCGAUGGGGGGAGACAAGUCCUGGACUGGCCUCACGGCACCCCGAGCUCGAGUGCUCGCAGUGAUGGAGCAGGAGGGGCUAUCCCGACCUCCUCGACCUUUGGUUGGGGACAAAAGUAGACGGGAUCAAGGUCUGUAUUGCGCUUAUCAUCGGGAUGUGGGGCACGAUACGGAGGACUGUCGUCACCUCAAGAAAGACAUUGAAAAGCUCAUCAAACGAGGUCAUCUGGGGCAGUUUGUACGAGAGGAACGAGCUGACCAGCAACGGGGAAGGCCCAGGUCGGAACGCCCGAGCUACCCGCGGGACCGGCCUCAGGGGCCCCGCGGCCGAACUCCCGAGCAGGAAAUACAGAACCUGGCGGGGGUGAUUAACACUAUUGCCGGAGGACCUGCGAGCGAAGUAGAACCAACCAUGGACUGGCCCGCUCACUUUCAUUUGGAAAAAUAA